UUAAAGCGACACAUCCGACGACUGUGUCGUCCAAGAUCCAACUCGUGUGAUUUCGUACCGGUAAGGUGCGGAUUCGGUGAUAAACUUCCGCUGUACAGGUUGCGUCACCAAAUACAUCCAGACUGAGGGAGGACAAUGUAUGAAAAUGUCCCAACAGUCUCCACAGUGGAGCGCCAGCAGGUGUUGCAGGCCUUGGAGCGGCUCCAGGCUAAGAUGGCUCAGAGGGAGGAGUGGACACACAGUGAGAGGCUGGGGGUGCUGAGGGACGCCUUACAGAGCCCACUGCUAGGACACAUCCUCACGCUGCAGCACUCCAUCAAACAACUCAAAGACCAGCUGAACUGCAUGCCUCCCGACACCUGCAGUGAGUUCAGCUUCUCCAGGAAGGGCCAGCUGAUCGUCAGUGCCAGCCGCCCGGCCAGCAGCCUGUGCACAUCCGGCCCCGGCUCGGUGCUGUCCAACGGCUCAGCCCUCUCCUCAGUGGGUCUCCGCUCCCCCGACCAGCUCCAGAGAUGGCUCCGCACUGCCGCCAAGGGGAGGCCAACUGAGCACAUCAGCCUGCCCAAGCCCCUGUCUGGAAGCCUGGGCUUCAGUGUGGUAGGCCUGAGGCCGGAGGGGACUGGGGGCCACGGGGUCUUCAUCAGACAGGUCCAGCCUGGAAGCAUCGCACACAGGGAUGGGCGCAUGCUGGAGAACGACCAAAUCCUGGUGAUCAACGGGACCCCCCUGGACCAGAGUGUCACCCAGCAGCAGGCCAUCACUCUGCUGCAGCAGCCUGGGGACAGAGUGGAGCUGGUGGUGGCCCGGAACCCAUCAACUGCCACACAGCACACACCACUGCUCCCGACCGGACCCAUCAUUCAAAAUGAGCAGUGGGGCCAUGUGGAGGAGAUAGAGCUGGUGAACGACGGCUCGGGCCUGGGCUUCGGUAUUGUUGGAGGCAAGGCCACAGGAGUGGUGGUGAGGACCCUGGUGCCAAACAGUGUGGCUGAUAAGGAUGGGCGCCUGCGUACCGGCGACCACAUCCUGCGUAUCGGGGAGACCCCCACGUGGGGCCUGGCCAGUGACCAGGUGGUCAAGGUGCUGCAGGGCUGCGGGAGCCGUGUGCGCAUGCUCAUCGCCCGUGACCCCUCGGGACAGCCCUCCACCUCCUUGCCGCCCCCUCCGCCGCCCGCCGCCAGUCCCGUCUCAGCCCUGCCCCCACUGCCUGGAGUCGGACCCCAGCGCAGGCUCAGCAGGACUCCCAACCUGGAGGGUUAUGAGAUCCAUGAAGUGCCUCUGAUGAAGGAGGAGGGCCAGAGCCUGGGCAUCUCCAUCAUCGGUUACAAUGCCUUUACCAGUGAAGAUGCGUUGGGAGUGUUUGUGAAGAAUGUAGUUCCUGGGAGUGCAGCUGAGCAGAGUGGGAACAUACGCAUCCACGACAGGAUCAUAGCGAUGGACGGGAUGAGCCUGCAGGGCUUCACGAACCAGGAAGUUCUGGGUGUGAUGAAGCAGACGGGCCAGACGGUCCACCUCACCCUGGCCAGGAAGAUGGUCUCACCCAGACCCUCACUGGAGAGGUCCCUGGACAAAGUCCAGAGAGAGCCGUCCCGUGUGUCUCUGAAGAGGUCUGCAGAGAUCAAAGCUCGGUCAUCAGACCUGCAGAGGGCCUCCAGCGUGGCCUCCAGCGUGGCCCCCCUACUGGAGCCCACUGAGACACUUCUGAUGAGCACCAGCAGAACACAGCUGGCCAGUGCUAUGGAAGGAGUCUCUCUGUCUGAGCUGGAGCUAAGGGCCAAAUGGGAGCAGGCCCUGGGGCCAGAGUACGACGUUCUGGUGGUUGAACUGGACCCUGUCAUCGAAGAUGACGCUGAGCUGCAGAAGUACUCGAAGCUUCUUCCCAUCCACACCAUGCGUCUGGGGGUCGAGUUGGACUCGUUCGACGGCCACCACUACGUCUCUUCUGUGGCCCCUGAAGGCCCUGUGGCCAAACACGGGCUCCUGAGACCAGAGGACGAACUACUGGAGGUGAACGGGGUGCAGCUGUACGGUAAGUCGAGGCGCGAGGCGGUGGCGUUCCUGCGUGAGGUUCCCCCUCCCUUCACCCUGGUGUGCUGCAGACACCUGACAGAGGACGACUCAGACUAUCAACCAGACCGCCAAGACGAGUGGCGCUCGCCCAGCCCUGCCGCCAGCUUGUCUGAGCUUGAAACCAAGCUGUCCUCUGUGUUGAUAAGUCAGGCCUACCUCCGGGACAAUGACAGUGAACAACCUCCGGACCACGUGACCCUGCAGGAGGUGUCGGAUGAGGAGCCGGAGGAGCCAGCGCCCACGUACCCCAGCCACCAGGAGGAGAUGCAGCAGGGGAGAAGAGGGGAAGAGGAGGAGGAUGAAGAGGGAGAGCUGGCUCUGUGGUCCCCGGACAUUCAGUUGUUGGAGCUGGAGAAGGGAGAGAGAGGCCUGGGCUUCAGCAUCCUAGACUACCAGGAUCCUCUGGACGUUGCGCGCUCCGUCAUCGUCAUCCGCUCGCUGGUGCCCGGCGGCGUGGCAGAGUGCCAUGGGGGUGUGCUCCCCGGGGACCAGCUGGUGUUUGUCAACGACACCUACCUGGACACGUGCACCCUGCCCCAGGCCGUGGAGGUGCUCAAGGCUGCCCCAUCUGGAACCGUCUACUUGGGCAUCUGCAAGCCAUUAGUGAUGGAAGGAGCAGAGGAAAGGGAACAUGGGGACCUGGCGCUCCGGGGGACAGAGGGACAGAGCACGGGCCGAGAGGAGAGUGUGUCCCUCUUGUUUACACACUCACUCCUGCCUGUUUCCAAGGGCUUUGCUGAUGGCUCCAUCCUCCCGGAGGAUCUUGGACAGGAAGAGGACGAACCCGAGCUGAUCCUGGAUGGUAGCUUCCCUCGCUACACCUCACCUUUGACCCAUGCCUUGACCCUUAACCCCACCCCCACAUUGACCACUAGGAGCCAAAACCCAACCCCCACUCCCACCUUGACGCCCAGCCCAAAUGGAGAGGAGAGGGAGAUGGCCGUGGAUGAUGAAGAGGAGGAUGGAGUGGAGGAUAGGGAGGGGCAGGUGGUGGACCCCUACCCCAGAAAACCCCCACCUUCGUGGGGAGAGUGGGCGAGAGACAACGGAGGCCCCGUCCCGCCGGCCUCUGUCCACUCUGGAGCUCAGGAAAAGGUUGAGGAGAUGUCCAAUCCAGACCUGCAGCCCAGAGGCCUUCUUGACCAGCUCUCUCUGGGUCAGUCUGUGGACUCCUGGGUGGAGAUGGGUGGGGACAGUGAGGCAGACUCAGACUCCAGGAACGGAGGAUCAGAACUCACCCUGACUGACACGGACACCGACUCGGUGCGUUUGGUUGACACGGAGAGGAGGAAGAGGAGGGGGCAGGGUGGAGGAGGACGACACAGUGAUCUACCUGAGAGGGAGGAAGGAGAGGGAGAGGAAACCCCUGCGUUCAGCCACUGGGGACCCCCACGCAGGGUGGAGGUGUGGCAGGAGGAGGGCGAGUCCCUUGGUAUAAGCAUUGUGGGCGGGCACAGCGUCAUCAAGAGACUGAAGAAUGGAGAGGAACUCAAGGGCAUCUUCAUCAAACAGGUACUGCCGGAGAGCCCAGCGGGACGCACUUGCGUGCUGAAGACCGGAGACAAGAUAUUGCAGGUAUCAGGUGUGGACCUCCAGAAUGCCAGCCAUGAGGAUGCGGUCCAGGCCAUCAAGGCAGCUCCCAGUCCCGUGGUCUUCAUCGUCCAGAGCCUCACUGCCACGCCGCGGCCUGUCUCGCUAACCGCGCCCAGUUACAACAAACACAAGGCAAAGAGGAGAGUCAUGCCGAACGCAGCAGUAGGAGGCGCCCCUCCCCCGAUGAGACUCCCCCCGCCCUACCGGCCCCCCAGUCAGCUGACAGAGGAGCAGGAUGAGGAGCUGGAAGAGGCCAAAGAGCGGAUCAGGCUGCGCUACGGGGAGCUGUGCGGGGAGCUGCUGUGUGUGGAGCUGGACAAAGAGCGCCACGGUCUGGGCCUGAGCCUGGCGGGGAACCGCGACCGCUCCUGCCUCAGUAUCUUUGUGGUGGGCAUCAGCCCCGGGGGCCCCGCUGCCAAAAAUGGAAACAUCCGUGUUGGGGACGAGUUGCUGGAGAUCAACAACCAGGUCCUGUAUGGCCGCAGCCACCUGAAUGCCUCAGCCAUCAUUAAGAGCGCCUCGUCCAAGGUCAAGAUUAUCCUCAUCAGGAACGAAGAUGCUAUCAACCAGAUGGCCGUUCCCCCCUUCCCAACUCCUCCUUCUGUCCUCUCCUCCACUGAGGCUCCUUCCCCCACACCACCAGCAGCAGCAGCAGUAUCAGCCUUGGCCCCCACAGAGAAGCCCCAACCUCCAGAGAGCCUGGUCCUCUGCAGGGGCCCCCUGGAGGCCUCCAUCUCCAUCAGCAAGGGGCAGUCCAGUGUCGUCUCCAGUGGGAGCACAGCUACAGAGCUCAUCUCCAGAGAAGCAACACUCAAGAGCCUCCGAGAGGGAGAGACCGCCUCCAAGAAGCUCAAGGCCUCUGAGAAAGGGGCGGAGUCUUCUGAGAGCAUGCCUGUGCCGGAUGCCAAGGCCCUCCUGGAGCAGACUGCCAACCUGUCCAAGGUCUCGCAGAGCUCCAGUAAGGUGCCAAUGGUGAGCGCUGUGGACGGAGGGCUGGUGUCCCCCCCUGCCGCCUCCCUGCCCUCCUCCUGCACUGGUCCAGACUUUGAGUACUGCAGCAAAGUAGACCCAGCCACGUGUCCUAUCGUUCCAGGCCAAGAGAUAGUCAUAGAGAUCGCCAAGGGUCGCUCUGGCCUGGGCCUCAGCAUCGUAGGGGGCAAAGAUACACAGCUGGAUGCCAUAGUGAUCCAUGAGGUAUAUGAGGAGGGGGCGGCGGCACGCGAUGGACGACUCUGGGCUGGAGAUCAGAUCCUGGAGGUGAAUGGCGUGGACCUGCGCAGCGCGGCCCACGAAGACGCCAUCACAGCCCUGCGGCAGACCCCGGCCAAGGUGCGUCUGACGGUGCUACGGGACGAGGCACAGUACCGCGACGAAGAGAACCUGGACGUGUUCAGUGUGGAACUGCAGAAGAAGGCCGGCCGCGGCCUGGGUCUCAGUAUCGUCGGCAAGAGGAACGGCACGGGGGUGUUCAUCUCGGACGUGGUGAAAGGGGGCGCCGCCGAGCUGGACGGCCGACUGAUGCAAGGGGACCAGAUCCUCUCUGUCGACGGCGAUGACAUGAGGCAGGCCUCGCAGGAGACGGUGGCCGCCAUUCUCAAGUGCGCCAGGGGGGUGGUUCUCCUAGAGCUGGGUCGACUGAAGGCUGUCUCCUGGAUCUCUCCCAGACACACCUCCCAGGGAAGCCAGAUGAGCCACGUGAUUGCCAACAGCACAAUUGCCACGCCCCACCCCCCGCUAAACUCCACCCCCUCCACCUCUCAGCUCCUCAACAACGCCAGGAAGCCCAUGACGGAGAGCAUGACCUCAUCAAAGAGCGCAGGAGCAGAGAUGGGUGUGCGCACUGUGGAGAUCACGCGGGGUCCUACUGAUGCGUUGGGGAUCAGUAUAGCUGGGGGGAAGGGCAGUCCUCUUGGGGAUAUCCCCAUCUUCGUGGCUAUGAUCCAGGCCAACGGGGUGGCAGCUAAGACACACAGGCUCAAGGUGCGUGUGUCAGUGUGUUACGAUCCCCUUGCUGUCUAUAAUCUCUCACCAUGGUGUGUGUUUUUUGUCCUUCAGGUAGGAGACCGGAUCGUGAGUAUCAACGCUCAGUCUCUGGAUGGCCUGUCCCAUGGGGAUGUGGUCACCAUGCUGAAGAAUGCCUACGGCAGCAUCAUUCUCCAGGUGAUCGCUGACACCAACAUCAGUGCCAUAGCCAGUCAGGUGGAGAGUAUGUCCACUAUCACCAGCCUUCCCAACAGCCCAGACACACAGCCAGGGGAGCCAGAGGCCCCCAAGCCCAAGAAUAUCUCUCUUGAGAAGGGUUCUGACGGCCUUGGCUUCAGCAUCGUAGGGGGCUUCGGAAGCCCUCAUGGAGACCUGCCCAUCUACAUCAAGACUGUCUUCAGCAAGGGGGCAGCGGCGGUGGAUGGGCGUCUGAAGAGGGGUGACCAGAUUCUGUCAGUAAACGGAGAGAGUCUGGAGGGGGCCACCCACGAACUGGCCGUGGCCAUACUGAAGAGACAGAGGGGGGCCGUCACUCUGGAAGUCCUCUCCUAGCUCACACACACACACACACACACACACACACACACACACACACACACACACACACACACACGCACACACACACGGAUACCCCCACUGGCAAAGCAACCAUUAUGGGGUUGAACUGGUUUCAACUUUCCAACGUGCAAAAAAAACAAAACAAGACUCUGUUCCGUUGAGUUGGCCAACAUCUGAUGCCCAUCUUCACCCUUAUAAACAGCCCAUUAAAGAGAAAGGGGGCAUUGGUUCUGGAAGGAUUUGGUCACUAGGUGGCACUGCCAGGGAGAGCCCUGCCCUGUAGAGAUGUAGAGAACAUGUGUGCCGCACCGCGUUCAGCUGUGCCCUCAAGUGAACCAUGAGAAAUAAGAGGACUGUAUCUGGGGGGCUGCAGGAAGUAGUGACACCUAACUUCCUGUGUGCCAUCUUAGGAGCCUCACUUUGAGGGUGCUCCGAUCGCUGCGCUGACUGGAUACACACCACUUCUUAAAAUGGCAAAUGCUUGGAUAUUAUACAGCAAGGAAUCACAGGGAAGCUUUACAGUCUCUGCCAUUUCAGCUUUUAUUUGUGUGAUCGCACCCGUGCUUCCUACAUAGAACACUGGUAGAACAAUAUGAGAGGUUCAGUUGGUUGAGGUCUCUUCAACGUUAGCCUAGCGUUAGCUUAGCAUCUCCCUGAUCGGGAGACACUGGAUAGCUGUUAGAGAUGUCAGCUUCAUUUGCUGCUAAUGUGCAAACUGUGAGGACGAAUGGUCUCGGCAGGGAAUGGUGCUGCUACACACUAGACUGGAACAGGUCAUUUAGACACACACAUACUGUAUAUUCACAGCCACACACAGUAGGCUAGUAAGUCACUGUCAGGUUGACGCACAUCUUCUCAUUCCUCAUUGCCCACACACAAUUUAAACUCGUAGUGUCAUACUCUUACGCAAAGGUAGUACAUUCAACAGUCUAGUCCUCUCAAACACAACUCUGGACCUUGAAGCUAGUUCCACUGUUUUCUUGCAUUGUUGUCCUCUAAUCAGGGGUCUGAUUUAGACCUGGGAGGUGGGUGAAAUUUAAUGAUCAGGUAGAAACAGAAAAGCAGCAGGCUCCAGACCUCGUAGGCUCAGAGUUGAAUAACCCUGCUCUAGUCUAUAAAUGUGGUCAACGAAAUGAAUCGAUGCGUUUAUGCUGAAAUAACUGGUAACCUGCCGUGUACUUCUAUAACACUUCAUAGCACCCUCUGGAGCCAUUCGAACGCAGUUAUCAAGGCCAACAACUACUGUCUGGUUUAUCACUCUGCAGUAUGUUGUGUAGUCCUGCUAAGAGUUGUAAGAGUUUGUGCGUUUCACAAAGGAGUUUUGCCUUGCGUAUGCAGAUGUGAGACCGGUUAUUAGUACACAGUGUUGCCAAAUUAUCUGAACCCCCCCCCUUUGAAUCCGAGACCGUUUAGCAAAGCGAGGAAAAAUAUAUACACUAUGCGUUUGUUAGCAUUGUUGCGGCAGACACGUUGCUAUUAGCGAUACAAUAUAAUGUAGGUGAAUCUCAGGACUUAAAUCGGGCAUUGUAUCUGUUGCGGGGCCCGCUUUCUUUCCCCUCGUGUGGGUUUGUAUGGAGGUUUAGCCGAAUCUUUACCUCCCUUUGUCGCUGACCCUGGAGUAUCCCCCGUAAGCCUAUUUAAGGUCCUAUGAAAUGGUGUCAAACUACGUCCAUGUCUUAGCUCGUCUGCGCCAAGAUAUUUGUGCUCUACUCCCAUGGUCAUUGUCGCGCCAAACAGGACUGGAACCAGGCUUUGUCUUAACUGAGCAAAGGGAGAAGGAUUAUCCUGAUUGGUGCUUUGAGUUGGACGAUCCAGCCAAUCCCGAUCAUUUGGACUUUGUUGGACUGGACACGUGCAUUUCAAUGAAGUGCCAUUACUCUCUGUUUUUACCUGCCUUUGUCAUUGUUUUUAUUUGUGUCGUGCGGAUGGUACUGCGCGCAUGUUACCGUAAGCCUAUUCUUUUGUUCAGACAUGUACCAACCUAUACCAACGUUUUUGAUCAUUUGGGGCACAAUCCGAAGCAAUCGGUUUCUUGUUGUGAGCCGUUGUCGUCAUCUAUCAAGGGUGCAUUCCUUAGGCAUCAAAUGAAAAUGGACUGAAACAGGAAGGGACACCCUGAACUUAAUAAAUGCUUGUUUAUGUUUUGCGUAGCAAGACAUUUUGCCACGGUGUGCACGAAUGAAUACAAACCAUGUGUGGCUGUAGCUCCACACUGUUCUGUCCAGCUGCGAGAGGAGCUCACCACGUCCAACAAUUACAGGAUAUCCUUUCUCCCUCGGCUGGAGCCUGUCGUCUGUUUCCCGUGUCGCUGCAACCCCUCCACGCUCACGGGAAGUGACAACAACUCCAAGACACUUUCAGCCCCCCCCCCACAGUUGUAUUCAUUAGGUCCCAAACGGGAGAAAGCAGACUGAAAAAAGGAGGGACUAACUGAAUUUGCCCAAUACAAAAACACUUGUUUUCCGUUGCAAACCAUUUAGCUACGUUGUGCCAUAAUGAAUAUGACCCCGGUUAACACUAAGGAAAACCCUGCAUAUUAACUCUCGCGCCGUGCCUGUCUCAGUAAAAGUGGAAGUGCAAUCUGGUGUGCGUCCUAAAUACUUGUUAGGGGUCCUAGGAUUUAGGGGAGGUCGGCCUAUUAAGGGGACUGACUCCUGCUCUGCCGUGAGUCGCUGAUGUGCUAGAGUAGAUUGUUGUGUGUGUGUUCAUCAUACAUCAGUCUUAUUUCUGUGAGCCUAUUUCUAUAAGUCUUAAUGCCCGAUCCCUUUAAAGAGAUUAAUUUUAAACUCACUGCUGCCUAUUUCUUUUCCUCUCUCAUGCUGUGAUCUCUCCAUCUACUCUAGACUUUUAGAUUUUGUCUGACUUUGUUCUAUGCGUGUCAAUCGGCAAUAGGCUGUGUGUGUUUGUCAGAAGUUGGACUAAUGAUGAUUCCGUCACGCCCCAUUGUUCCGUCUAUAUUGCCAUUGAACUGAGCGCUCGUCCAUAGCGCCACAGAAAAUGUCUUUCUUCACGUCAUUGAUCGAUGGAACGCAUUUUCAAAUCCAAAGAAACAAUCCACCCUUCCUAUAUAUCGAUGUGUGACAAACUCUGCUGUAAUGACGUGUGGCUACACAGUAUAUCUAUAGAAAAAUAUAUUGUCUAUGAUCACAAAUGCAAGUCUCAUCAUUUAAAAUGUGUUUAGCCUACUGACUGUGGUCAUACACUGAUGCAUUUCGUGAAUUCUGACUAAUUGUUUGAUGAUGUUUUAUUAAAUACAAGGGGAGCACAAUCAUUUCCACCAUGUCCUA